AAGACGCAACUAUCAGUGCUCCGCCAAUUUCUGUCUUAAAUACUAAUAUUACCCACGUUUUAUGUCAACCCAUCGUUUCUAUUCUACGGAAAAGACGGUUAAAUGCCUGCUGCGGCAGGGAAAUCAGCUAAAGGACGACCAAAACCACUUCAGUCCAAGCUAAAAAACUUCGGAGCAUCCAAGCUACACGUGGAAGCUAAAGAAAGUUAUGCUAGCGCUAGCAUUGCGCCAGCCAUGACCUCUGUUGAGACGGGCGAGGCUGGAGGAAAUCCUGAUUGCAAUAGGCUCUCUUAAGUCGGGACUUUUCCACAAGACUUGAUGGCAUGCUAACAGCAAUAGAGGGGAUGAGAAAGGAGAUACGGGCAUGCUCAGAACCAAUGGCAGAGGCUGAAGUAAGAAUCUCAUCUACCGAGGACGACGUGAUCUCCCUGCAAGAUAAAGUGAACACGCUUGAAGUUAAAAACACGAAGCUAGAGGAUAAAGUUGAAGACUUGGAGGCAAGAUCCAGGUUAUCUAAUUUGAGAGUGGUGAACUUGCCAGAAGAUGCUGAAAGAGGGGACGCUUGUGCUUUCCUCGACAAAUGGAUCCCAGACGUGUUAGUUUUGGCACCGCUAAAUUCAAAGUGUAUACUGGAGAGAGCUCACAGAAUCGGCCAGAGGAGGGAUGCAAAUGCCCCACCAAGAACUUUGAUCAUGCAAUUCCUAAACUACAAGGACAGGAUGGUUGUAACGAAGGCAGCCAGGGCAAAACAACAGAUCCUAUUUAAAGACCAGCAGGUGAGAUUCUAUCCAGACUUGGCUGCAGGAGUGCACAAGCGGCAGAAGAUGUUCGAUAAUGUCCGUCAGAAACUACGGAUCCUGGGGAUCCGGUAUGGCAUGCUAUUGCCGGCUAGGCUCCUGGUGACCUACAAGGACAAGUCGCACACUUUUGAGAACCCGUCUGCUGUGGAGAACUUCAUCGAGCGGAUUGCAAGAGAGGAGGGACGUAACCUGUGGCUGCGACCGGCUAAAGGGCUAAUAUGGGCUAACUGUGUGCAGGAAAUCAUCUCACCUAGCUUCACGUGGCUGCACGUUCUCCUCAGUCCACGGCGUGCAGCAUUCAGAACUCUCAACGUGACAGUGGAGUUGGCACUGAUUGGCUAA